GUACCACGUGACUCCGAUUCUCACGUGACAGGCAGACGUCAUAGUUGCGCCGCCAGCCGUGGAGGUCACCAACAUGGCGGCGCCCGAGUAACACAUGAGAGAGAGUGAGCUCCGGGUGACGUCAUCACUGUGUCCGCUGAGAGCCUCUGACGUCACAGUUGUCGGCUGUUUCCCGCCUGCUGGAGGUGACCGGACAGACAUACGCCUGGUCGCCAUGCUUCACCUUCCUCGGGCCCCGCUCCUCCUGCGUGUCUCCUGUGGCCCCUGCCUUACAAGCUCCCGGGGCCGGAAGUCUCGCUUUGAUCCACCGGCAAAAUCUAAAGCUUCGCGAAUCAAGUUCCCCCCGGCGGUGUGUGUGGAGGAGCUCCUGACAGUGCAGCACCGCUACCGGCAGUACUCCGCCAUCCUGGGCGCCAUGAGGGCAGAUUUUAAGGAGGAGAUGUUACGGUCACGCUUUGAGCAGCAGGUGGGCUCUUUUGCUGAGCAUCGUCUUCACCAGGAGGCCAUGGAGCAUGCAGCCCUGAUGGCGUGGAACAAUGAGGAGAACAACAAGGCCCUGCGCCGGAGGUUGGAACGUUUGAAGGUGGAGGAGCAGGCCUUCGAGACGCUGAGGAAAGAAGCUGCCAAGCUGAGAGACGAGGCGGAGCUGGAGGAGCUGCAGGAGCGGGAGCUGGAGAUCCAGAGUCUGGAGGAACUCUCCAAGACAUUCAUCACUCCUGAAAACCUGGUGGAGAGAAUUGAGGCCGCCCUGAACAAUCCAAAGUCCUACAACUUCUGCCUGGACCGAGAUGGGAGAAUCCUGCGGCCGGGGGCGCACCAGUCCUGAGACGAGCGUGUCCCCUGCUGCCCGCACAGGACUGCUCCAGGGUGAACAAACUCUUCUUUUUUAUCAGAUUGGUUCCUUGGUCAUCCAAGCCCUCUUCUGCUCUGUAGCCGCCUUGAGUCUCUUCGUGAAGGUAUGGGGUCCAUGGGUUGGGGCGAGUGGCUGCUCGGUACAGGGGUGACGAUCUUUCCUUACAUCUCGGAAGCCACCAACACCUGCAGGAGUUCUGGAGGAGGAUGCCCCUGAGGACGGAGAUCCCCUGGACCUCAGGCCACCAGAGCCUGGAACUUGUCUGCCCUGUAAUAUGAAUAAAUGUGUAUGAAGA